GUUGGCGUGGUUGAAUGAGCAAUAAUGGUCAUUUUGAGAAAAGCCUACAGUAUCCAUUUACCGCCUUCAUUCUUGUGAAUUUUAAUCCGGGCAGCAAGAACAGGUUGUUCUUGAGGAUUUCAUUCAUUUCGUUGCAUUCCGCUUCUCGCCGCUGUACGAUCAGCUCAACCCCAUCCUGAGCGUCGUGCGUGCGAAACGGAGCUGAGUGACAUCUUCAACCAUGUUCAGUGGCCAUGUUCUCCUACUUGCCUGUCUUGCGUGCGUGGCAAACUAUCAUCAAUCUGCAGCUGUGGUAUUUCCGUAUGUCCCGGUUUUCAACUGCUUCACUGCUGGUGGUUUGUACUAUAUCAGCUAUGCGACACAUAUAGUCAAUAGCAGUACAGCCCAGACCGCCUGCUCGCCAGGAGGCUACAGACUGGUCCUGCAAGCGUCAACCACCAGCGCUUGUUUCCGCCAGUACUAUAAUCACAUGACAGCGGCCAGUGGUUCAAACAUCACGCUUUGGAUCAGAGGCCCCAGUGGAAUGACUUGCUACCCGCACGCCUCGCCAUGCCCAACCCUUUCGCCGUUCAUAUGCGAGGCAUCGGAUUCAUCUGCGGUGCCAGGAGGAAGCUCGGCUUGUCCUGCUCCCCCAACGAUAGCUCACGCAACUGUGAGCAUCCCGUCCGGUCUACAAUUCCCUGCCGACAUAUUCUAUCAAUGCAACCUGGGCUACACAAUCGUCAAUUCCAACACCGCUCAGUGCCAAAAAGAUGGGACAUGGGUAAAUCCGACGAAAUCUUGCGACGCAAAUAUUUGUCCAGCUCCAUACAUCACCAACGGAUUCACGGCAGGCGCUGCCCCGUUUUUCACCAUGUCCUGUUGCACUGGAUACAAACUGGUUGGGAAGGGUGCAGUAUCUUGCACAAGCAGUAAUUCUACAACACCAGUUCCGACCUGUGAACUCGUAUCCUGCCCACAGGUCGAGCAGGGACUGGCGAAUGGGACAGUGUCCAACAAUCCUAACACUGUAUAUUCCGUUCAACACUUCACCUGUGAUGUUGGCUUUAAGCUGGUCGGCUCACAGUCCACAACUUGUCAGCUAAAUGGCAAGUGGUCUAGCGCACCACCUACAUGCUCACGAAUUAUGUGCAAUCAAGUCUUGUCUUCUCCAGCGGAUGGAACAUUAGCAACCGGUCCUAGAACAGCUCUGAGCAUUCUUCAGUACUCGUGCAAUGAAGGAUUUAUGUUGCAAGGAGCCGCAUACACAAUGUGCCAGCUGGAUGGGACUUGGUCGAACGCGUCUACAACAUGCAAGCAGACUCAGUCACAAAACUUCUCGAACUUCGCUGCCGGUGGAAUUGGUCUAGGCAUCGGUCUUGCGAUUAUGGGGAUUGUCCUUCUCAUCGUGGUGAAGCGGAUGGAGAAGGCAAGACCUUUGCCCGCAGCUCCCAGCUUGGCCAUGAAGGACACACGUAAGCUAGCAGCCUCGGAGUCGAUGAUGAUGUCCAACGACGCAUAUGCUGGAAGGCCGUUCCACACACAGCCGGAGGCCGAGACAGUUUAUGAGCAGCCCGGCCAGGUUAAAACCGCUCAUCUCUACUAACAUUUUGUCAUUAGUAGCAUGCUCAUUUCCUGUAGGAGCCUGUGCAUGUACCGCACAUUUUACAGAGUAUUAAGUAUUGUGUUCAUUGCCUGCACUGCCCUUUGUAAUUUGUAAAUGCACAGUAAUACUGCACCGGGAAAGGUGUAUUUUUACGUUUAUUUACAUGAUCUAUAAAAAAGGACCUUGUCUAUUGAUGUUGGCACACAAACUCUGUCCCACGACUGUUUUUGUUGACCAAAAUUUCAUUCUUCCAAGAUGUUGGCCUGCAAGAUCUUAUGCAGUUCUUCAGCUUCUAUGACAACCAUAAUGUUUGGUGUGCUCUUUUUCCCAUUGUUGUUUCUUGAAUUUUGUACGUACCCAGGUCUAGUAAAGGGGGUCUGC